GCUCACACCACACAAACACGCUUUCACCGCCUUGAACAAGAGCCAGGGAAUGGAGCUCGUGCCAUGGCUUCUAGGCUUCCUCGGCAAGUACCCGGAGAUCAUGGUGUCCGCCGCCUGCUUCUUGCUGCUGCUCUGCAGGUUUAGGAUGCGGCGGCGGGCGGACCGGGUGCCGACGAACUGGCCGGUGGUCGGCGCGCUCCCGGCGGUCGUGGUGAACGCCGGGCGCGUGCACGAGUGGGUGACGGAGUUCCUGCGCGCGGCGGGCAUGUCGUACGUCGUCGAGGGGCCGUGGGGCUCGCCGGGGGACGUGCUCGUCACGGCCGACCCGGCGAACGUGGCGCACAUGUUCACGGCCAACUUCGGCAACUACCCGAAGGGGGAGGAGUUCGCCGCCAUGUUCGACGUGCUCGGCGACGGGAUCUUCAACGCCGACGGCGAGUCGUGGUCGUUCCAGCGGCGGAAGGCGCACGCGCUGCUGUCGGACGCGAGGUUCCGCGCCGCCGUCGCGGCGAGCACCGCGCGGAAGCUCGGCGGCGGGCUCGUGCCGCUGCUCGACGGGCUCGCCGCGUCGGGCGCGGCCGCGGACUUGCAGGACGUGUUCAUGCGCCUCACCUUUGACCUCACGGCGAUGUUCGUGUUCGGCGUCGACCCCGGCUGCCUCGCCGCCGACUUCCCCUCCGUCCCCUUCGCCAAGGCCAUGGACGACGCCGAGGAGGUGCUGUUCUACCGUCACGUGGCGCCCGUCCCAUGGCUGAGGCUCCAGACAUACCUAAAGAUCGGGCACUACAAGAAGAUGGCCAAGGCUCGGGAGGUGCUCGACGCGUCCAUCGCCGAGUUCAUCGCGCUCCGGCGAGAGAGGGCGGCCGACGACGCCACCGGCGCUGACCUGCUCACGUCGUACCUGGCGUGCCAGCACGAGAUAGGCAAGGACGGCGCCGAGCUCGACGCGUUCUUGCGUGACACGACGCUGAACCUCAUGGUCGCCGGCCGCGACACGACGAGCUCCGCCCUGACAUGGUUCUUCUGGCUGCUCUCCAAGCACCCCGACGUCGAGGCCAGGAUCCUCGCCGAGCUCCGGGCCCACCCGCCGUCAUCCACCGGCGCCGGCGGGCACCGCACCGCCGCCGAGCUGAAGCGCCUCGUCUACCUGCACGCGGCGCUGUCGGAGUCACUCCGCCUCUACCCGCCGGUGCCGUUCGAGCACAAGGCGGCGGUGCGGCCGGACACGUUGCCGAGCGGCGUGGCCGUGGGGCCGACGCGGCGGGUGAUCGUGUCGCUCUACUCCAUGGGCAGGAUGGAGGCGGUGUGGGGCAAGGACUGCGAGGAGUUCCGGCCGGAGCGGUGGCUGACGCCGGCGGGCCGGUUCCAGCACGAGCGCUCGUGCAAGUUCGCGGCGUUCAACGUGGGCCCCCGCACGUGCCUCGGCCGUGACCUCGCGUUCGCCCAGAUGAAGGCCGUCGUCGCUGCCGUCGUGCCACGGUUCGGCGUCACAGCCGCCACCGCCGCCGGCGGCACGCCGCCGCCCAAGCUGUCCAUCAUCCUCCACAUGAAGGAUGGGCUAAAGGUGAAGGUGCACCGGAGACGAGAGGAUUGAACACCAAAGGUUCCUUGGACAUGGAUCCUCUGCAAUAUCAUAUGUCACUAGCUGCUACUUUCAGAACAGUAACUUUAUCACUGACGUAUAUAGUUCUAUUUUAUUAUAGAUAUACAUGUCAAUGACACAAAGUCAGGUGAUGUAUGGUACGACAGGAGAUCUCGUUCCAAUAUUACAUAGGUAAUACCGCAAAGAAUACGCAUCAUGCUUUGUUGGUACGCUAGUAGGGCAUACAUGAACUGAUGAUACUGUGCUCCGUGAAUUAAUUAUGUGUGUUAGUUAAUCCAGGUGGUGUAUGGUUGAAUAUACCAGUACGAAGAAGAAUGUAAUGUUGCUAUAGGAUAUAGCUCGAUGUCAUUACAUAUAGUAGAGUGAAAUAAGAGACAGAUGUUACAGUACAUGUAGCAAAUCUUAGUGAUUAUACAUGGUUAGUUGAGCGAGUGAUUUGUGAUCCUUACUGAUGUACAUAAAUUCAAUUUAAAUUUAAAGGAAUUUUAGAGGGAUCUAACUAACUAAA